AUGCCUGCCUUGCUCGACAGCAAGACAUACCCCCACCUCCUGAGCCUGAUCACCUCCUUCGCGCCGUGGCCCGCGCGUCUACGCCUGCGCGCCACAUGCCGCGCAGACCGCGACGCGAUUACGCGUGAUCUCAUGGAACACGUCGCGCUGAACACGGCGAUAGAGGACAAGUGGCCUGGCAGGCAGGCAUUCUACAAGGAGAAGGCGGCGCGGCCUCCUGGCGCUGCUGCGGCCGACGAGGACGCCGGCGAUGCGGAGAAGGAGGGGUACGACCCCUCCGCGAACCUGCCGCCAACGACGUACGACCGCGACGCGUGGAAGGACGACUACCCCGAGAUCGAGGUGCACGUCCUCCCCUUCUCGCUGGAGCACGUCCGCACCAUCGACCACCCGGCCGGCGCCAUGAUGAACGGCGACGCGCAGAACAACUGUAUCGGGCACACGCCGAACACGUUCUUCCCGAACAAGCGCACGAUCCGGCUCCUGGAGACGCUCGAGCCGGACUUUGAAGCGGCCAACCUCGUCGCGUUUAUCACGCUGCCAUACGAGGAGGACGAGGACGAGGCAGCCGAAGGAGUCGAGUACGGCGACGUGCAGAGCAAGUACUCUUCCUCGGCGUCCUUCACCGGUGCGCGCGUCGACCUCGUCCUCUGGCGCGAGAAUGCCACCGACGCCGUUCCCGAACCGGUGCUGCAGCAGGUCUACUUGCUCGCGCGCGACCUUGUCCGCAAUGCGUGGCAAGACGCGGUAGUGACGAUCGUCGGGGCCGACACGCUGCCUCCUGCCGCUGGCGGGGAGGAGACAUUCAAGGCCGCGGUCAAGCAUCUCAUGGACGCGUAUUACCAUGAGCGUAUCGACGCCAUGCGCUUCAUGUCGCGCGAGGCCUGGCUCGACCAGCUGGGCGAGGACCGCGACGCCGUGGGCGCGUGGCCUGUUCCGUUGCCUGCGCGAACGGCCGACUGCGCCGUGUGCUCCGCGCCGAAUCCUUGGGAGAUACCGCAGCAGUAG